AUGGAUACUCCCAGUAGCUUUGGUAUCCUGUCAGACUUCCACUACACGCCAUGUUCGAUGAGCUCGUCAGGGCGGCCCUUGUCCCGCCGCGCCUGCAACGAGUGUCGCAGAAAGAAGACGCGAUGUGACUCGCGCCAUCCGAAAUGUUCCCUUUGCGCCAAUACCGGCAGCACUUGUACCUACCGGAAACAACAGCAGAGACAGCGCGUACGCAGGCUUUCCCCAGCCGCCAGCAGUUCCUCCGUAGACAUUCUGGAGUCGGCAGACAGCGGGCUCAACACGAGACAGGGCCUCUUCGGACUGGAGGGGUUCGAUGCAUUGGAUGAUCUCGACACUAUCCUUUGCGACUUAAAGAGCAUAGAUGACCAACCAAGUGGGUCUCCAGAACCCAUGGCCGCAUUCGGUUCUUUUGGAGCAUCGCCUGGGCUAAAAUCAAUGCUCCAGGAAUGCUUUCCAACUCCAGUGGAGCCAAGCCCAAUGGAAUUCGGAACCUCCAACUACGAUAGCUUGUCAAUCAGUUCAGACCUCGCGGACGAAUUGAUUGACUUGUACUUCGACAAGGUCCAGGGGAUUUGCCCACUCUUCAUGCGGGAAAAGUUCGACGAGGAUUACCGACCUCGCGGAACGUGCCGAGACGAGCGAUAUUGCAGAUUAUCUCCAGUAGCCAUGUUUGUCCUCAACGGUAUGUUUGCGCUUUCUGCAAGGUACAGUUCAUCGGACCGGUUUGUUGGUCUCGACCCCCACUGCCGAGACCAGCAGUUUGUGAAGCAGGCGAUGGACUUGUGGGAGUUCAUACAGAAGGACUGGAGUCACUCAGUCCGGAAUCUACAAUGUCUGCAAGGUCUCAUCCUGUUGGCAUUUAACUUUUUACAAUCUGGCCCUUCGGAGACUGCCUGGAAUCUAACUGGAACUUGUGUUCGCCUCGCAUAUGACCUGGACCUACAUACGAUGGAUGCCGACAAGAUUGAUUCCGAAGCAAUCAACUGGCAGGAUGGGCUUCAACACCGGUGGGCUUACCUUGAAGAGAAGCGUCGGGCUUGGUGGAUGGUAUGGGAGAUGGAUACAUUCUCAUCCGCGAUUUCCUCACGACCCUAUGGGAUUGACAGUCGAGUAGUCCGGGUUUUACUUCCUGUUUCAGAUAAAGAUUGGACCAACAAAUCUCAAGCACGGUCUGUUUCGCUAGGUUCAGCUAGUGAAAUGCCAUGGCAGGGCAUCAUUGGCUCGUCGAACCAGUGUGAACGUGCAUGGUUUCUCGUGUGCUUGGCCGUACUCAGACGCACUACCGAUACGAUAUUGUCCGGAGCGUCGGUUCAGGAACUGCAAAAAGCGGAAGAUACCAUUUCAUGUGCAUUCCUGGCCUUGCCAUCUCCAUUCUACGACCUGCCAUUAUCGAAAGCAAUCUGGCAGUCUGAUGUGGUAAAAUACAACUGGAUGGCUUGCUCGCUGAUUGCACUCAAUUGGGCUCGCAGUCGGAUUAACUUCGAACUCCACGAGAAGCUGAGAAUGGCAUCUGCAGUUCAAUACCAAGCCCAUGGUCACAAGCCAGCUCGCUCUGUCUGUAUGCUCUCCUUUGAUAUUCUGUGCGGUAGUCGGACUGGGAGCCGUCCAUGUUCCCGAGGGUUACGCGCAAAAUUUGAGGGCUCAAUUAUCUUGUCUGUAUGGCGAACAUACCAGCUUGGUUUUGUGCAGCGUUGGGAGGCAUUGGGCUAUAGGAAGGGCGCUUUUGGAGGUUAUCGAAUUUUCUAA